AUGAACGGCGCAAAUGGCACAUGCCCGGCCGUCCACGACCAGCCAAAGAAAGUCUGGACGACCCUCAUCACCAACACCAAAUACCUUUCUGGGCUUCUCACGCUUGACUACUCGUUGAAGAAGUCUGGUUCGAACUACCCACUCAUUGCUCUCUAUACUGAUACCUUUCCGGCCGAGGGACUCGAAGCCCUAAAUCGACGCAACAUCCCCGCGAAACAUAUUCCCUAUCUUCUCCCUUCGGUCCCAAAAGAAUAUGCAAACGAUCCACGGUUCUACGACUGUUGGAGUAAGCUGACCCCGUUCAGUCUCGUCGAGUAUGAACGGGUGGUACAGUUGGAUAGUGAUAUGAUGGUUCUCAAGAACAUGGACGAGCUGAUGGACUUGGAACUGGAUCCUCCAGAGAUGGGCGGAGAAGGAAAUAGAGUAUAUGCUGCCAGCCAUGCUUGCGCAUGCAAUCCUCUGAAAAAGCCACACUACCCUGAACACUGGGUUCCCGCCAACUGUGGUUUCACUUCUCAGCACAGUACCCCAGAGGAUGCGCAGGUCAAUGGACCACCUCCAACUGCCGGUAUAGGAUGCCCCAAUGGAGGACUGGUCGUUUGCAAUCCGAGCCAGAGUGUUUAUGACAAGAUCCUUGAGGCUAUGAAGAACGGUGACCUCACCAGCUCAUACGAUUUUGCAGACCAGAGUUUGCUGGGUGACCGUUUCUACGGCAGGUGGGUGGGUCUACCCUACACCUACAAUGCGUUGAAAACACUACGGUGGCAGGGCGUUCAUGACGCCAUAUGGCGGGAUGAUCAGGUGAAAAACAUACACUAUAUCUUAAGUCCCAAGCCCUGGGAUGAGACGCCUGAGGAGACAAAGGACGAGACACAUCGUUGGUGGCAGAAGACCAAUGAUGAGAGAUUGCGUACUGAAAGGGCGAGUGAUAUUGAGGACGGAUUCUGA